ACCCGGAAGGGGAGGGUGUGCUCUCCCGCCCCCUCCCGCGAGGACCGGAAGUGCCGUUUGGAACCGACUGCCUGAGCGGAACGCGAGAGGCCUAAGCGGCGGUUGAGCGUCGCGCGGAAGGCGGAUGAGGCCUGAGAGGCCGCCGCGGGACACCGGAUUUUGCUCAUGGAUGAGUUGGUGCAUGAUUUGGCCUCAGCUCUUGAGCAGACAUCUGAACAGAACAAGCUGGAUGAGCUGUGGGAAGAAAUGACUCUCAGUCCAAGGCAGCAGCGUCGACAGCUUCGCAAGAGGCGGGGACGCAAGCGACGUUCAGAUCUUACACACCAAGCAGAGCAUGCUUGUUGCUACAGCGGUGCCUCAGAAUCUAGUCUGGAUGAAGUUGUGGAGGACUGUCGGGAGGUGCUGACUGCCAACUUCAGUGACUCAGAUGACAUGGCAGGAUCCAAACGUCAUCCAGCUCUCAGUGCAACUCUCAGGAGUAAGCCACACUCAUGGCAUGAGUCAGACUCAUUCACCGAGAAUGCACCUUGCCGGCCAUUGAGGCGCCGUCGAAAAGUUAAGCGUGUGACAUCAGAGGUGGCUGCUAGCCUUCAGCAAAAACUGAGAGUGUCAGAAUGGAGUUAUGAAAAGGGUUGCAGGUUCAAGUCUGCUAAGAAGCAGCGACUGUCCCGCUGGAAGGAAAAUGCUCCAUGGACUUCAUCCACUCGAGGACUGUGUGAAUCGGCAGACAGCAGGGCCUUCCUCAACAAAGGGGUGAGGAAUGAGAGGAUGGAGUGUGAAGCAGAUGAACAGAAGCAAGGCUCUGAUGAAAACAUGUCUGAAUGUGAAACCAGCAGUGUAUGUAGCAGCAGCGACACUGGUCUUUUCACCAAUGAUGAGGGCCGCCAAGGUGAUGAUGAGCAGAGUGAUUGGUUCUAUGAGGGAGAGUGUGUCUCAGGAUUCACAGUCCCUAAUCUCUUGCCCAAAUGGGGAACUGACCGCCAGUCUGAUAUGGAACACAUGGACUCCAACCUUGAGAAAAUCUCAGAUCCAACAUUCCUUCUGCCCUCUCGGCCUGCUACAAGAGGAUUUCAUGCCCGCUUGAACCGCCUGCCCAGUGUUGCAACCCGUUGCCUUAGGAAGGGACGUAGGAGGCUGGUUAGCAAGGAGACCAUCAUGAGUGCUAUGGGCACUGAGAGAAUUAGCCACAUCAUUGGUGAUUCCUGCCAAAAAGAUUUCUGGUUGCCAUCAGUGGGAAUGAGAGAUCGCAACCAGUUCAAUCCACUAUCUCCCCUGUAUUCUUUGGAUGUUCUUGCUGAUGCUUCCCACCGAAGGUGCUCUCCAGCACACUGCACAGCCAGGCAGACUAAUAUACAUCUGGGACCACCAUGCUCAAGGGACAUAAAGAGGAAACGAAAACCAGUAAUGGCAACAGCCUCUCUUUCCAGUCCAACCUCAGCUGCUUUAUCCAUCCACAGAGAUGCAUCAGACACUGGCCCACCAGCAUCGCAUUCUCAGAGGCACCAGAACUGACCGGAAGUGCAGAAUCCAUUCAUCAGGGAGAAGCCCCAUCGCUCCUACCUGAGGCAGCUGUUUUUUUUAAAAUGCCACCAGAUAUGAUCCUUGACUGCACCAGAGGGAAGCAGCUCUUUCUCUGAACAGCUCGUGGACCUUUUGAUAUGUUGGACUGCAGACUGUCAGAAGGUUCAUCAAACAUCUUGGCUGGCAAUAACUAUCUCUCCAGUGGUAGCAUGUGAUCUGUUUUAUUCCACUCUCCCCACAAUUUGUGUCUGUAACUCUAUGUAAAAAUGUAUAAUUGUUGCUGGGGUUUCCAUACUUAAUAAUGUUUCUGCUGUUGCUGUACAAGUAAGUAUCUGUUAUGCACUCUCAUUUUCAGACCCAGCAGCUGCUGCCUGUGUGCGUGCAAAUGUUAUUGGCUAUUGCAAAUGCCUGUCUUUGUUGUAAACCUCUUUAUUCCUCAGACAUAUCUGUUGUUGUAGAGUCCUGUGUUUAACAGGAGGAGUUCUAAUUGCAGUAUAUAUAUUGAGAGGCAGAACUGCUUUCUCUGGCAAGAGUAACUGCUGAAAACAGGCUAGUAGGUAUCCCUUAUUCCAGGGGAGAAUAGCAAAGGGUAAGCUUUAUAUGAACUAGGUACAUUGACUAUUUUAUUAGGAAUACUCCUAGAGGCUACUUGUUCGUCAGCUUUUUGAGCAGAUAUAUUCCCUUUCAGGCUGUUUUUUAUGUAGCUUUAUCCUUCCAUGUUUUUCCUCUUGUACUACUGCUAUAACCCGAUAUUGGUCCUAAGGCUUCUUUUCUAGCUGCCUAUCUUUUCCAGUGUCUGUUGCUGCUACAAAAGCCAAUGAAAACAUACAUGAGCAAAGUAGACAUGUCCUGUCAGGAGGCUUUGCAAUGUAUAACCCUGAAUGCAAAUAACAAUGAAAUACUAUAGCUAUAGCUAUUUUGUUUUGAAAGCUGCUGUAAAAAUCCAGCCAAGACAUUUGCCUAGGUCCUAUGUUGCCAUUCGCACAGUUCAAAAAUAAUUAUGUCUUUUCAGGGUGGACUUUAUGUAGAUGGUAUCCACUUACUCUGGGAACCUUUGACCUUCUUGAGACUAUGGGCACACCUGGAUUUUUAAGAGUUUUAGAGCCAUGUUCUUUUUAUGCCAGACAAACUAACAGUCUUGAUCAUGAGCAAACUCAAAGGAUCCAUUCCAGUUCUAUUCCCCUUUCCACUUCUGGCCAACUUCAUCAAUUGACAUCAAAAUGCAGUGAUGACCCAAACUUACUGUUGCAUUCAAACAAUAUAAAAUCUCCUUUCUUAGUAAUGUGUAUAAAGAAAAGGUAUACAUUUUAUUCAGUGUUCUCUCUCCCCCUUCUGUGUGGAAUGGUGCUUUGUCCCUACAACUCUUUCUUCCUCAUUCCUCAAUAUAUGUGAACAGGUUUGCAAAAUAGUCCAAGUUCCUAGGCAUCAGCAUCAUAUUUUGGAAGCCUGGACAAUUGUUCACUCAUUUUAUGUUUCUAAUGCAACUAGUAAUGCUUUUUAAAACAAAUUACUUCAUUUGAAGCUUCCCUUGACAUUUUAUUUGCACAAUAUGUACCUGGACGUGUAUUCAGAAUUACAUCUUCGAUUGGAUCCACUUCUCUUUGUGGCACUUUACGGUUACAAGGCCAGAGUGUAUGAAAUUGCAACUUGUUUCUGUGCAUCUGGAAUCCAGUCAUUGGAAACAGAUAGGUGCUGCUUAGAUAUAGACAAGUGGUUUGUAUGUUUCAUCUGCUUGUAUAAUGCUUUGAUCUCUUUGCCUUAACUCAUGACAUUAUAUGUGUAUGUGAUGGGCAUAAGAAACUGUAUUAAUUGUAUACAAUAAUGUUUAAAUGGUUACCCAUGCAAUGAUAUGGGUCUAUUAGAGCAGCUCAUACAUGCCUUACUGCUACAGUUUUGUUAGUGAUCCCAUUCCUGUUUCAGGAUGGUUAACACCAAUUAUGUAUUCCAAGCACAGCUUAGAUCUUUGUACGUUGACUUUUCAUGUGCUUCUUAAAAUUGUCUGGGUAAGAAAACUUGUUUUUAAUCCUCUAUAAAGUAUCUAAAAGCCAGGGGUUUGAUUGAAUGAUUGGUGAAGAUUUUAAGGACCUCAAAAAGAGCCACCAUUAUAACUCUGUUGGUUUUGGUGAGAGUGCACCACUAAUUUUAUCACUCCAGUCAGCUUAUGUUGCAUUUUAAGCAGUAGGCUGUGUCCUGAAGAUUUUAUUAAGCUUUUCCUUUAAAAAAGAAAAGAAAAGUAUUUCCAGAAUACAGAGUUGAUAAAUGUAGAAAGAAAUGUUGCAAUUAAUUUUAUAUCAAAUAAUACUCUAAUAAUUGACCUUGGUAAAGUGAUAGUGGGUUUAGUUUCACUUGUUUGCAGUGUUUGCAGAUCAUUAAUUCAGCUUGAGUAUACCUUAUCCGGAGUUCCAAAAUCUGUAAUCUUGUGAACUUGUAUGGCUGAAGAAAGAUGUGAUUGGAAAGAGACAUGAGGAUAUGUGAAAUGAUGGGAAUCCAUACCUCCUGCCAUUCACAUAGCCUCAUGUUUCUCUCGAGCUGAACUAGUGAGCAGAAGUGUUGCAGCCACUGCUUCAGUUGCUUGAUGGUAUUCAGAAAGAGGCCCAAACUUACUAAAUUUAUAAUCUCAGUGGUAUGUAAAAUACUUUUUGAUAUGCACUGCCAUUACUAUACCUAACAAAUCAGAGGUGUUAUUUAGCAUGAGACUUGUGUAACUUGGACUUUGUGAAUCUUGCACAAAGUAAAUUUCAGAGACUAAAGGAAUAUACAUUCUUUUAACAGAAUAGCCACAAUUCUGUGCCUGGAAUACAUGAAGUUCGUAGUGAAAACUCCAGAUUUAUGAAAUUCUGACUCAGGAUGAAAAGGCACUAGGGAUGGUAAGCAACAUAGACGGAACUAAAGUAAUAGAGGCGCAACCAUUGUUUGGACAGCACUUGCAACAAUUGCCAAAUUAUUCAAAAAUACAUGUGAUCUCACAAUUGUGGAACCCACAGGACCAUGUAUAUAAACGGAAAUGUGAUAUA